AUGCACAAUGGCAACGGAAACGGCGGGUUUCCAUGGCGGCAGCAGCAGGCCAUGUACUCGUGCCGCCAGAACCCAUAUGGUGGGGGCCGCCCGGAUGCGAACGUUAUGGCUGUGCGCCAGCAGCAGCAACUUCAGUACUAUCAACAGCAGCGGACGCAAGGCAUGUGGAUCGCGGGUGCGAAUCAGAUGUACCCUGGCGUGGGCGCUAACAUGCGAAACGGCAACUUGAUGAUGCAGCAGCGCCGCUACUUUGGUCAUGAUGGAGAUGGCAUGCAUCAGUACCACCAGCACCAGCGGCAGUUUAGGCGUGAGAACAAUGUGAACCCGACUGUGCCGCAGCAAGAAGGCCUGGCGGAAUCACGCCCUGGCCGAACACCAUGCAGCAGCAGCUGGUGGUCGUCCGUAUUGCCACACAUGCGUUUAGUCGAUAGCCCGUGCGGCAUUGACCUUGACGUCGAGGACGAAAACGCAAACGUGAUGGAGGAACUAAGGAAGACAGGAUCGAAGGCAGGGACAGGGAUGAGCAAUGACACGGAAGUGGCAGCGCCGGCAUUUGUGGGCGCCUUCGAGAGUGCGAAAGGGGCGGGCGAACUUCCGCAGCUCAUCCCUACCCUGGCUUUGGUUCUCAGCCCUGCAGUGGCCGCCGGCAGAGAGGAGCGGAAGAGCGCAGAGAGAGACGGUAUGCAGGUGACCAACCUAUAUCAGUCGAAUGCGCACCCGCAGCAACAUCCGGGGCAGUCGCAAGCAUCCCUGCAGUCUAGAACGGACGGCGUGCCGCCGCCGCGACAACAGAAGCCGCAGCAGCACCUCUCGGGCGACUACAGUGCUGUCGCAGGCAGCCUCGACCAACAGGCGAUAGGCGAUGCUGAGGGAAAGGAGGGGGAGCACGGGGCGGGCAAGCAGUCUCGAAGCGCACAGCCACGCAGUGCCGACAGCGAGGACAGUGCCGGCGGUAUGGCAGGGGCUCAACCGGCGCUGCGCAAAUGCCAGUCAGAGGGCGAGCCCCGCACCGGAAGUGCGCAGCAGGACCAGGGAACGGUGGCGCUGAGGCUCAUACACACUCCCCGCUGUACCAUCGGGGAGCAUCAAGAGCCACCAACGCUGCCGCAGGCGGCAUCUGACUCUGCGCAUGACUUUCCUCGCGGCGGUGCUCGCUACUCUUACAUGGGCGGUCACAAUGAAGCGGACGAAGAAGAGGACAAGGACGACGGUGGAUGCAACAACUCUGAUGAGUACAGUGGCGACAGCGACAGCGACGGCAGUGGUGGUAGCUCCUCCUCCAGCUUCGACAGCGACAGCGAGGGGAGCGACACCGACGACGAAGCCGAGUGCAGCACAAUGCGGCACAACUCGCAGAGCGCCUUUGGAGGGCAGAGCACUUUGGAGUACAGCACAUUUCACGGCGCGUCGACGUCGAACUUGCCGAGUGAUGCGCCGUUAAUCGGCGCGCUGGGCCAGCCACACCACACAACCGCGCCGAAUGCGGGCAUCCGCGGCGUUGCCAUGAGCUCCUUCAGCCUAUGCCACUCUGUGAUCCACACCCCGCCGGCUAAUGCCGUCUUCGCCGGCAACAGCGCUACUGUACACAACAACUCAACCUCCACGGCAACGGGCACGGAGGACUCGGACAAGCACGGCUACGAGACUGGAAUUCUGAUGACGGCAGAGACAGUCCUCAAGCAUACAAAUCGGACGGGUCCGGUGGGCGCGGGCGCCGCUGAAGGGGUGCCCUCUCCCCGCACGGGCACGCCACCCAGCACGGCCACAACGCUAACAGCCACGAAGGCCGUCCCACCGGCGGCCACAAAGAGGAAAGAAGAUGCGCCAGCGCUGCCCAGACAGGUGGUGCGGAGACGCAAGUCGGUUUCAUCUUCUGUGAAGACACUUGCAGCCCGCAGUGGCACUAGCGCCACCAACGAUGCCUCGAAGACUGCGGCGGCGCCAUUGCCCGGUGUGCACCCCAGCAGCAAACCGGAGCGUCUCAAGAGCGGUGCCGCGACGGCAGAGCUCCAGCCGAUGAAGGGCGCGUCGAAGAGCCCUGAUAGCAGCAAGGCGGUUAGUUCCACAGGCAAGGAUGAGAACCCCCUUCCUACACCUUCGAAUAUUAAGUGUACCGCUUCGGUGAAGAACAAGAAGACGGCGAAAGUGGCGACCACGGCGUCAGAACGCGCGACCGCCUCUGUUACAACCACCACGCCGAUAGCAGUCCAGGCCCCGCAAGCCCCGCCGCUCCCCACGACCGGGACUCAGCACGUGCUUAGUAAACCGAUGAACUCCCUGAGAUCUGUACAAGGACUGAGUUCGCACGGCAAGCAAAGAGCGGCUCCUCCACGGCUCGGCAAGGCCAAGACGGCUGCGAUGGCCGUCACGAAUCAGUCGACCGCGAAGUUUCACCAACCUCCGUCGGCAGCAACGUCUACCGUGGCCCCAUACUUCGCAACUGACCCGCCACUCCCUACCAAUGCCGGCAGUGCGGCGUGGGCCACCGCCGGUGCUGCUUCCGUGGCGGAGCCGAAGCCUGUAGCGCAGCCCUCCGCGACCCUCCUUCGCAGGUCUCCCGCCUGGUCCUCUCCGGACGGCAGUGCACCCGUGCCCGACGCAUCUCCGACACCCUUAGUCGCCGCACGCUCGUUGUCCACCCUCAGUGGCAAGGUGCCAGCUGGCUCGGAGAGCAUCACAGCAACAGAAAAGGCGGCCUCUACGGCUCCAUUUGAGGGCACUCUGUCAGACAUCGGGUCACGUGGCGAUCGUCUUCACGGUGCGGUGGCGCAGUCGCUGCGUAUCAACCUCUUUCGAUCCCCACAACCCCGACCGCCGGCACCGCUGUCGCAGGUUGCUGGAGAGGCAGCAGGGAACCCGCCGUCCAGCGCAGCGGCUGCGAGGGCGGCCGUCGCCCAUCAUCGCCUGCAGCCACAGCGACCCAGCAACGCCUCAUUGAGAGAAUUAAGUACUGCGAAGAAUGCGCUGGGAAAGAAGGGCAAGGCGGCUGUAGCACGAGCAACGCCACCGAACGAGGCCACAGCGUCGGUACCUAAGUCAUCCGCCACUGCUGGUGCCCCAAAGAGCCUCAGCACUGAGUUACUGAGCAGCAUCGCGCCUUCAAAGCCGACCAGCGCCACCGCGACCGCAGCAGUGAUACCGCCGGCACGUGAUGCAACGGCCGAUGUAACGACAAGCUCCCCAUCCAUGGCAACAGGCACCAGCAUUCCCACCGCUACAGUGAAAAGCCUUGCAACGCCGUCAGCGACGAAGAAUUCGCUUACCACGGUCAGCUCCGCAGCCGCGAAGCCGUCUGCGAACGGUGUGAUCAAGACCGCUGUUGUAAGCGCCUUGGGGAACACGGGGAAGCAGUCCUUUCCGACGUCUUCCGGGUCGAACAGCAGUGCCGCCGCCUCGACUUCAAGGGGAAGGCCGCCGCCUCUGUCGGUGCUGGUCUGGAUGAAUCAGCCCAAGACCAUCACCAAAGCGGCGGCGGCGCCGCCAGGCUCAUUGGUGUCUGUGAGUCGAGACAGCAACACCCCUUCCCAUCACAAUAACCAGAAGUUGAUUACGAACGGCGAUGACGACGACGACGCGUGGCUGGAUGACCCGUACGACUACUACGGCUACGGUGAGGCAGACCUGCCGGACUCGAAGAACUACUCCGCCGUGAAGCCGUCGCCGCCAAAGGCGCCGGCUAGCAAUCACGCCACGCACAGACACUCGAUGGUAGGUAGCCUAGCCGUGUCCCCACUCAACGCCUCUAGUACCGUGGGCAAGACCGAUGCAGCCAGCGGUGCUGGGGCAAGGCUGCGGCCAUUGGGCAACGCCGACAUGCUGGAGGAGAUGGGGUACAUGUACCACUUGUAG